AUGUCACGAAAUGAAACAUCUGAAAAUUAUAAUGCUAUUAAAAUUUGCAGGGUUUCCUUCUGUUUGCUGCGAAAUAAUAGUCUGGUCCUUUUCAUCGGCAUCAUCAUCUAUAUAGCGGCCAUCACGGACGAGGCAGCCAACAGAUCGAAGACGGAACUGAACGAGGAGUUUCCCAUCUUCGUCUUCCACUACGGACCUCCCCUCAAACUCCUCAUCACCACCUUCUUUAGUGCCGAAAUCGCUGGCGUCAUGUCCGUCCAGUUUUACUUCACACUUCGCAGGAAAGCUUCACGAACCGGUAAUGUCAGUGAAAAAGUUUCAAAGCGUCUGUGCAACCACGUUGAAGUUCUUCCCAACCUCAUCCACAACAUCAAUAAAAAUAACACCAACCAUGUUUGUAGUAGAAGCAUUGAAAACUUUUUUGGCGCAAACAGAAUUCUUACCGUGCCGGCAAAUAUUGAUAGAAAAUUUGACACACGUGAACAUCUAAUUGAUCAGGAACGAGUGGUGAGUGCAAGAGGAGAAAAUCUAAAACUGGAUCCAUCUUCCAACGACCUUCAUGUAGAUGAAAACAUCAACAAAGCCAUCAACAUCAUCAACAACAUUAGUAGCAUUAACAACAUUAGCCACAACAUUCACAAUAACGCUAACACGAAAUUCAACAACAACAUUAACAACAAAUUCAGCAGAUACAACAUUAACAACAAUGUUGACAACGCCGAUAGCAACAACAUUUGUGGCGCAGCUGAAAGCUAUGAUAUUAACCAUGGCGGCAACAUCUACAAGAACUUACAAAAACAAGUCAACUCCAAAUGCAACACACUCCCACAUUUACUAUCGCCAUCAUCGAUAACGCAGAACCUUUCGUCAAUAUCAACUCAUAUGACGUCAUCGUCACGUCACAUUGCACCAUCCUCAUCAUCAGAUCAUCUGGCACCAUCGUCACAUUUCAUGUCGUCAACAUUCUCAACACCAUCAUCAUCAUCUGUUCGAUUUCUUGACGUGCCACCUCAUAAGCAGGAGCAAAAUACAAAAUUUCAAGAACAUCUAUUUAGCCUCUUGCAACAAUGUUGUCAAGAUCAACAACAACAACAAACACAAUUAUUGCACGCCCAACAACAUCAGCAACAAUAUUACAACGAAACAUAUGAAAAAGGGACAACAGUCAAACAAGACAAUCAGUUAAACGUGUCAAACAAUGACAUCACCAGCAUUAAAAAUGACGUCAUCAACAACAGCAACAACAAAAUCCACGUCAACAGCGUACAGCCCUUAAUGGCUUUCAACAGCAAUUUCAUUGCAACCAACAUCAAUAACAUUAACAGUAUGACAUCCACCAAUCGAACUCUCAGCAAAAGUGACACUAACUCCAACAAUUUAGAUACGAAUUUAAGUAAAAAUAACGUCAACAGGAUGAAAAGUAUUGGGGAUAUUGGGCUUGAAUCCAAGAAGACGUUUGUAUGA